CCUUUGCUUAGUUUUUGCUUAUUAUUCUGUCAAAAUCUUUAAAUUAUAUUAUUCACUUUCAAUUUAUAAGGUAAUUUAACUAAUACUUAUGAAAAUUUAUACUGAUAAUGAUUUGUUUUAUUUUUUACUGUAUAUUUCGUUGUCUACCUAAAAUAUAAGCCUUGUUCUUUUUUAAUGUAUUUUCAUCAUCAUCACUUGUUAUGAGUUUAAAUAUGUUUAAUAAAACAUUUAAAAACCUGAACGAAUAUUUGGUUCAAAAGUAAAGAAGUUCUUUUGGUACCUCUCAUGUUUAGAGAGGUUGUGUUUUCCUUAUUAUUUACGAAACUAACUACAAAAGUUGAUUAGUACAAACUACAAACGUAUGUUACCUACGUAUAACGUAUGUUACCUACAUACGUUUGUCAUGAAAAAAUAUCCAUUAUGUGAAAAGAGAUAGAAUCAAUCGGAAGUUAGCAACUAUAAAACUGCUUACUGAUUGGUUCAAAAAAUAUGACCUUGUACCUAUUUCUUAUUGUGUUCUAGUGAUGUACCUAUGGUUUCCUGUAAUAUUGAAAUAUAUAUAGUUAAUUUUAUCGAACAAUCAAAAAAGCCAACGGAGGUGCUUAACAUUUCAACGUGUGUGAGAUAUAUGUAUGUUCAAACUCCAAAUGAAAUUGGCCCAGGCGAAUUAAGUAAAAAUAAAUGUAAUAUUUGUUUUAAACAUUUUCUUGUUUACAUCAAUACAUAAACUAAUUAUUAGGUUUUCGAGAACACCAGAAGUAGCGCAUCACUACGAGAAUCAGCUGUGGCUUGUCAAAACACAGUACUGCCAACGUGGCAGUACAAUAAUCUGACAUCUGCAGAUAAGUUCACACUGACCAUGCGCCGCACAACAUGAAACACUGCAGCGCAGUAUCGACAAACGUUCACAUUACAAUUGGACGUAAUAUCAAGUGUCACUUCACUGCUAUAUUUUAGUAACUAGACUGUUUGGCUUCAAUUCUCUAGUUUUAUUAGUAAAAGUGUUAUGUGUAUUCGAUGAUUUAAUAAUUAUGUAUAGUGUCGUAACCAUUAACGCAUUCUGAAGGAAUUACGUAAUGGGAAUUAAUAUGCUAGAGAAGUUAAUAGUUUUGCCCUGAAAUUCAACAUGGCCGCUGACACGGGGAUGGAUACUUGUCCAAGUCCGGAGAUUUCGGACUCUAGAAAACGACCACUGGACGGCGACUCAGAAAAUGGUGACAUCAAAAGGUCUCACUUCAGUUCGGUUCAAGACUUGGUGACGGCAUUGCCCCUGGCUAAUGGCCACGGCAAUAUUACGUCUCAUUUUGCCGUGGAGCCGACCUACCACUUCAAAGUGCUGGUGCCGUCCAUGGUGGCGGGGGCCAUCAUCGGCAAAGGAGGCGAGACGAUCGCCCAGCUGCAGAAAGACACCGGCGCGAGGGUCAAAAUGUCCAAAUCACAUGAUUUUUAUCCAGGUACAACGGAGCGAGCCUGCUUAAUCACCGGCUCGGUUGAGGGCAUUAUGGUCGUGCUGGACUUCAUCAUGGACAAGAUAAAAGAGAAGCCCGAGCUGGUGAAACCAUUCCCCGAUGGCGUGGACGCCAAAAUGCCACAGGAUAGAGAUAAGCAGGUGAAGAUUUUAGUGCCGAACUCGACGGCGGGUAUGAUAAUCGGCAAAGGGGGCAACUACAUAAAGCAGAUAAAGGAGCAGAGCGGCAGCUACGUGCAGAUCUCGCAAAAAGCCAAGGAACUCUCGCUGCAAGAGAGGUGCAUAACGGUCGUCGGCGAAAAAGACAACAACAAGAAGGCCUGCCUGAUGAUCCUCCAGAAGGUGGUGGACGACCCUCAGUCCGGAUCCUGUCCCAACGUGUCGUACGCCGACGUGGCGGGGCCCGUGGCCAACUACAACCCCACGGGAUCUCCGUACGCCGUCGCCACCGCUGAGGUGACAGAGAGUCACGGCUUGAGCGGGACCGUCGGCGGAGUGGGCGGCGCGGUCGGCGGCGUGGGCGGAGUGGGCGGCGUGCUGGUGAACGGCAGCGGCCUCGGCGGAGUUUCGCUACAGCUGUCUCUGGCGCCGCCGGGGACUCAGCCGUCCAGCCCGCUGACGCAGCACACCCUGGACCACAUCAAGGUGGCGCUGCGCCAGGCCGGCUACUCGGAGGCGGGCAUCUCGGAGAUCGGCGCGGCGCUGUCCCUGCUGGUGAAGCACGGCGUGCUGGGGCUGGCGCUGCCUCCGGCCCUGCCGCACCCCCCGGCCCUCUCGGCCGCGUACUUCCCGCUCUCGGCCCAGGACUCGAACGCCGUCUUCGGCCCGCUGUCGCAGGUCUCGCUCGCGGUGGCGCCCAUUUCGCUGUCGGGCGGCGGGGUGGGCGUGGGCGGCGUGCCGGGCGGCUUCCCGGGCUCGCUGCUGCCGCUCUCCAAGAGCCCCACGCCGGCCGACGCGGGCGCCAAGGACUCCAAGAACGUGGAGAUCGCCGAGGUCAUCGUCGGCGCCAUCCUGGGUCCGGGCGGUCGCAGCCUGGUGGAGAUCCAGCAGAUGUCCGGGGCGAACAUCCAGAUCAGCAAGAAAGGCACCUUCGCCCCGGGCACCAGGAACAGGAUCGUCACCAUCAGCGGCUCCCAGACCGCAAUUUCGUCGGCGCAGUUCCUCAUCGAGCAGAAGAUCCAAGAAGAGGAAAUGAAGCGCACGCGCCAUAACGCCAUCUCCACGCUCAUGCAGUGAACGCCCCGAAACGCACACGAUACGACCCCGCGUCGCGUCGUCGCCGGCGGGCGAUCGCUUUAGAAUUGCGGUCGUCGACCUAUUCACACCUUAUGCACUUCUUUAUGGCGAAAGUUGCGUAACUUAUUGUUGUCAUUUGUGAAAUGUUAUAUUGGUCAUUCGUGAUGUUGUAUAUAUAAUUAUUAUAUAUGAAUUUUUCAAAUUGUAAUUCGGAUUUAUUAUAAAUAUUUGUGGGAUGUGAAUAAUCGUACGACACGUAAAGAUUUUUAUAUGAUUUUUGUUCAGUGAACGCUCCGAGUUCAAUAAAUAGAGAGAGAGCGAAGUGCAAUAUUUAUUAAGCGAGACGCAGCAGUCGUCGAAAUCACUCGGAGCCCUAUCGAGGCGCGCCGAAGAGGGGUCGUGUCGUGUGGGGCGUCCGUUCUAGUCAAGCGUCGCAGCCCCGAGCCAGCCGAGUGGCGCAGUUACCUGCCUCUAGUGAACUUUAGACUUUCCGACAUUCGCGCAGCUUCCGACGCGACCCGAGGCGGAGUCGGCUCCGGCUCGGCUCGCGUCGGCCAUUUAUUUACACGUAGAUGUAAUAGAGUUAUGUAUACUGAUUUGCGAUUUGUGUAUUCGUUAGUGUUGGAGUUGCUAUAUUUUAGUCGAGCCGCAAAGCGGUCGCGUUGACUUUGUGAUAUCUGUCACCGAUAUUCCUAUUCCGAGCACAUUUAUUUUUGUUUCUCCGCUCCUCGUUCCGUUUUCAUUGUGAAUGUUACCAUUGAUAAGUUAUAUUUCGUUAACGCAUUCGACGUAUAACGACGUAUUCGCGGUCGACUCGACUCGAUCGAGCGAUGAUAUUUAACCAAAGUUGGUAAUUUUAAUUUCUCGACAUAAUUAACUUUAUAUUAUAUACAAUGCUAACGUGCAAUGCAAUAAUUGUCGAUUAUAAUUUUAUUAUUAUUUUUUUACGUUUUUAGUUCGGCCGGAAGGCGUUUCGCGUCGGGUUCGAAGAAGUUUAUUUUUAUAUUAUUAUUAUUAUCGAGCGGGUAAAGCGGUUAGCGCUUCGGCGAGCGUUCGGCGCAGUCGGUCUAAAUGUGUAAGUGAGUACAAUAUACCAGAUUCGAGUCCAGUUAUAGUAGUGGAAUAUAUUUAAAGGUUUUAAUGCAGAUUUCUAUAUAUUCGAGAGGACAAUAUUAAAAUAUUAUUUACAGUUGACGAAAUGUUAUUUUUGGGGUCGGCCGGGAGCUCUCGUAGUUAAACAAUAAUGAACUGUGAUCGCGUCGACGGCUUUGUCGAGGUACUUGUGCGUCGGUUAGUUUAAGUUGUCGUUACCUCACGAGUGCCAUCGCUAGCUAAACGUCGCCCGCGCCGUUGGGAUGGUAAAUAAGUACAAAAUAUAUGGAAGCGUAACCGUUUAUAUACGAAUCGGCGGAUGUUAUUCUACUGUAGUUUGUAAGGAAAGGAAUUGAGAGAUAUCUCCGAUUUAAUUGAAUAAUGUAGCGAUCACUUCCGAUAUUAUUAUAAUGAUCGAUUUGUCGUAAGCAACUGUCCAACGACGUCGAGUACUAAUGUUGUUAUAAGUGUGUUAUGUAGGUACGAGCGCCCCAGCCCAGUUCUCUGGGGCUCUCUAGCGUUCUCUAGCUCUAGGCUAAUGUUAGGCUACGCUCUUCGAACUAAUCUCGUCUUUCGAUUUUUCUCAUCUUUAUCUUUAAACUAAAUGGGGGUAGUCGUGAAAACCUUGUUGUCAAUUAUGAGGAGCUCGCACGAUCGCGAGCCGGUAGAGCUCGGCGACGGCGGGUCGCGACCGCGCGUCCCCGGGGCGUUGUGUCAACGCGUUUGCCUCAAGUCGAUUCUACGAGCUCAAUUUACUUCGUUUAGCAUUACAUACUUGUAAGAUGACGUCAAUUAUUCGAAAACGUAACGGCACACGGCCGCGAAAUACCCACAAUGCAGUGUUGAAGGAAUAUCUCCUAAUUAGUUACGGAUUGGACCUUGCCGAGUUGUGUGAUCUUCUCUUCUCUUCUAGUUAGACGUCGGCGCUUCUGACAGGAGUAGCUCUAGUCGUUACAUUCGAAGGUUUGUGCCGUUGUCCUUUGUAAAUUAUCUCAAUGAAUCAUUAGUUAGUCGGCCAUCGUGAAGUACAUUCGACCGUUUGCGUAGUUAGGCGACUGAAACAAUAUGGAAUGUAUAAAUAAUUUUAACACAAAUGUUGUUGUUAUAAUAAAAUUGUUACAAUAUUUGAGAGUAUAUAAAAUAAUCGAUUCUUAGUGCGGUAUCUGAAUUUUAUCGUGUGGAGAGAUAUAGGGAAAUAGACUUCCAAGGGUUAUACUAUUUCUGUGAUACUGAUUGUCUCGCACGCUUGUAGCUCCGCACGCCCACCUCCCGUACCCGGACUCUCCGAAACUCCCUGUUAGUCCGCACCGCACUGGCACGCCACUGUUACACCUAGGUUAUUCGAUGUUGUAGGCUUAAGGUAGCUAGUUGUCAUUUCCAUAAUAAAUUAACGAGGUCCGUAGAAGGCGCGUCGAGCCGAGACCCGCGUUUUCAUCCCCCUUUUAAUUUUAAUAGCUAAAUGUUGUUAAAUUUGUUAAUAGAGUGGUUUAUCGUAAUUAAUAUUAAAGUAGUGAUAGUCGGGAUUAGGAAGGCAGCCGUCGGGUGCGCUAAGCUAGUAAGCUGUAAGGUUCGAUACUGUGUAUAGGAAUUUGGCUGUGUACUCAACAUUACGACGUCAUUACACCAACACACACCGCUUGCCGAGGACGCGAUUCGCACGCGCGCCCGCGAAGUUCGCGACUUUUCUGUAUAUAAUUGCAUUACAUUUUCAUUUGCGUCUCCUUGCUCAUUGUCAUCAAUUUAUUAAAGACUGAGGAAUCAACUCGCGUCAUCGUCACGAACGCGUCCCCGACCGUAGGGAGCUCUGCCGUCCCCGGUGACACUACCGCCACUACGAUAAUAAUUAAUUGAAUAUUGUUAAAUGGACUCUGAAAUAAUUUAUUGUAUAACAUGUUGGACUGUUUUACUAAUUCUAAUGAAAUGUACCUGAUGUCGUGCGGUAGUCUUCCCUGCGACGGUAGACUAAUUGUAAUAUAUAAUUUGUCAUUAAAAUUAAAUCGAUUCAUGCGGCUUCGUCCGCAAUCCUCCGUCGCGUGCGAAUCGCGAGGUACACUCACGAGUGUACGUUAGAUGCGAGUCGCUGCCUUUGCGCAUCUUCCAUGUUAAUAAUAAUUAAUUAAUUAAUGCUGACGAAGGACCUCUUUCGAAACACGUAUUAGUUCCAUUAUUCAAGUAAUGCAAACUUUAGCCGAAAGACUUCGAUGAUGAAAUAAAUGUGUCAGAUUUGGCGAAGGCAGCGGUAAAGCGUAUUAAGUAUCAAGCGCCGUUCAGUCGUUGUCUCAUCAACCUUUACACAUGUUGAGAUUGAUAUGUUAAACUAAUUCUAUUGAAUUGUACUUGUUGCGUAUUAUAAGUAUGUAUAGUGGGGCGGCCGAACCCGCGUCCGCCGCCUCGACGUGUAUAUUAUUAUAUGUUGAUAUCUAUUGUUUGCUGUAAACUUUUAAAGAAGGGAAUUUUAUAUAUUUUUUGUUAUCUUGGUUUAGAAACGGGUCUGCAAAUGUUACGAGAUAGUUAAGUUUAGAAUGCAAUGUUUUGAAUUUUAAAUUCGCUAUAAUUUAGUCAAAGUUACAUAAUUUAGUUUUAUCGCAAUGAUUUACUGUUGUUUUGCAAUGUUGAUAAAAGGUCAAUGAAGGUAACAAUGUCUUAGUGUUAAAGCUGGAAACCAAUUAAAGGGUACCUUGAACAUUGUCUAUAAUUAUUAUAUUAACAUUAAAUAAAUGCAAAAGAUAAA